AAAACCUUUGCUGGAUUUCCAUGAUUGAUUUGUUAUACAAUUUAGGAUGUGGGUGAUCUGUCUUGGAUGAUGUUACACUUUGAUGUGCUGCACACGUUUAAAUGUUUGCCCUUUAGAAAUACUGUGCCUGAAAAUGAUUUGUGAUUUGUGUGGUUGUAAUGGGUUUCCUAGGUUUGAUCCUUGUCUUCCAGUGUCAAACUACAUUGAAGUGAUUGCUUUGGAUUCUAUAAUGUGUCUUGAUGUAAUUAUUUUAAUUUACCUUCUGUCACUUGCAGGGAGAGUGACAAUGGCUGAUAAGGUCCAACACCCCACAGUGAUGCAGAAGGUUGCUGGCCAGUACCUGGCCUCCCAGGAUGUUCAGAGGUAUGAUGGUGCUUUCCAGAGGCCUGCCUUGUACCAAAGGCGUGCAUAUGGAAACUACUCUAACGCAGCAUUCCAGUACUGUGGUUCAUCUUCAUCUGUCUCGUCCAUUGUACCAUCAACUGGAUCACCUGUUUUUGUUCAAGCACCAGCUGAGAAAGGGUUGGCAGGCUUUGCUAUUGAUUUUCUCAUGGGAGGAGUCUCUGCAGCAGUUUCUAAAACUGCUGCUGCACCUAUUGAGCGUGUGAAGCUUUUGAUCCAAAAUCAGGACGAGAUGAUCAAGACUGGCAGACUUGCCGAGCCCUACAAGGGUAUUGGUGACUGUUUUAAGAGGACAGUUGCUGAUGAAGGCUUUGUUGCAUUGUGGAGGGGUAACACAGCUAAUGUCAUCCGUUAUUUCCCCACCCAGGCCUUGAACUUUGCCUUCAAGGACUACUUCAAGAGGCUGUUCAACUUCAAGAAGGACAGGGAUGGUUACUGGAAGUGGUUUGCUGGUAACUUGGGAUCAGGUGGUGCUGCUGGUGCAUCUUCCCUUCUCUUUGUGUACUCAUUGGAUUAUGCUAGAACCCGUCUGGCCAAUGAUGCCAAGGCUGCCAAGAAGGGAGGCGAGAGGCAAUUCAAUGGUCUAGUUGAUGUCUACAAGAAGACUUUGGCAUCUGAUGGUAUUGCUGGGCUUUACCGUGGGUUCAACAUCUCUUGUGUUGGAAUCAUUGUCUACCGUGGUCUCUACUUUGGGAUGUACGACUCUCUAAAGCCAGUUCUCUUGGUUGGUGACCUCCAGGAUAGUUUCUUCGCUAGCUUUGCACUGGGUUGGCUUAUUACCAAUGGUGCUGGUCUUGCAUCCUAUCCAAUUGACACCGUGCGCAGAAGAAUGAUGAUGACGUCUGGCGAAGCUGUGAAGUACAGCAGUUCGCUGGCUGCGUUCAAGCAGAUUGUCAAGAAUGAGGGGACCAAGUCUCUCUUCAAGGGUGCUGGCGCAAACAUCCUCCGUGCCGUUGCUGGUGCUGGUGUGCUUGCUGGUUACGACAAGUUGCAGCUGAUUGUUUUCGGCAAGAAGUACGGAUCCGGCAGUGGUUAAGUUCCGUCACUGGUCUCUCUUUUUAGCCGUUUAGAUGUUGAUGAAAAUCUUUCACAUUCCGGGAGAAGGUGGUCCUCGCAGCAGACAGUCGUUAUGAUAUGUUUCUUCAAAUAAUUACAAAUUUUUUUUUUGAGAGGGGGUGGGUGAUAAAUACCCCCUGGACUUGCUUUCACUUGGGAAUUUUGGAUUAAGAAAGCUUUACAUUACUAGUUUGUGGCCUAAGGUGCCACUGUCGGAUGUUUCUAUUUUCUGUCAUCGAUUUGAGCGUUAAUCGACAUACAUUCCUGUUAUCCUUUUGUUAUGCAUUCGCAUGUAUUACUGUCAUGAUAAUUUAGGUCCGUCUUGUAUUGAAGUUCGCGAUCAUUGUGGUGGUAAGAUCAAUGGUCUGUUCACUAUUACAACAGAUUAAACUUGUCUACACGCUCUUUCUACAUCAUUGAUUUCGCGUGUCGGAUCGAAAGGCGCAGUAAAAUGAAAGUCUUUGUCAGCC